AUGGAGGAACAUGGUGUAGUAAUUCGAGUUAUUGGUCCAUAUUCCCAUCAUGGUACAGCAAUUGUGGAGAGAUUUAAUAAAACUCUAGCUAAAAUGCUAUAUAAGAUUCAAUAUAGCGUUGAAAGUAUAUCCUCAGAUCCUAAAUUAAUAAGAGCAUGGGUUAAACAUUUAUCCAAAUCUAUAGAUACUGCUUAUAUGAUUGCAACAGAAUGUGAAGGAUCGUGGUGCCCAACAUGCCGUGGAUAUGAUAAUACUAUUACAGAUAUGCAAAAACUCGUACAAGAUAAAAAUGGUCAUUGUCUUUCAGAUACAUAUCAUGGUUAUGCUCCUCUUUAUCGCAUUAAAAAUCUAGGUACUUGGUGCCCAACAUGUCAUGGUUGUUUUAAAACAAUUGAUAAUGCACGUAAAUAUGCUAUAGAUAAAGAAGGAAAAUGCUUAUCAAAAACACAAAAAAAAGAAGAAAGAUGCUUAUCAAGCAAAUUUAUAAUAUGUCUACGAAACUGUCUUGGUGCUUGUCAUGAAAUUCUAAUAAAAUAUCUCGGACCUCCAUCAAAAAAUCAUAGACCAGAAUUCUUAAAAAUUCAUAAAUAUCCAUGUGGAUUAGAGCUUGAUAUUCCUUACUAUAAUUAUGGUCUAGCUAUCGAAGUUCAAGGAGUCCAAUAUAAGC